GAGCCUAGCUGUCCUUUGGAUCCGCAGAUUCUGGGUCUUCUUUCACUAUAACCUUCCUUUUAGACAUUUUUAUAACACUAAAAAAACCCACCCCACCCCCCACUUAACCCACAACACAACUCCACAGACCACAAAGACAAAUGAUUUGGUUUUUCUCAAAUUGUUCCUCCCUAGGCUCAUCCCCUUCCUUCCUUCCUCUGCCUUUCAUCGGAAUCUGUAACUAAAUUUAGCAUUUUUGUAAUGCCUGUCUUUCAACCUCUUUUACUUCUACUCUUCUUGAUUUUGGUACCUUCUUGUUUCUCACUCAACUCUCAAGGUCAAUCUCUUCUUUCAUGGAGGAAUACCUUAAAAGGCCCCAAUUUGCAGGCCUUAAAUAACUGGGAUUCCACCAAUGAAACCCCUUGUGGGUGGUUUGGUAUCACUUGUGAUACUAACAAAAAUGUCGUUGAAUUGAGUUUGAGUUAUGUGGACUUACUUGGAACGAUUCCUUCUGAUUUCAACUCGUUGUUGACUUUGAAGAGGCUUGUGUUAUCGGGAACGAAUCUCACUGGUUCGAUUCCGAAAGCAAUUGGGUCGUUACAGGAUCUGAGUUACUUGGAUUUGAGUGACAAUGGGUUGACUGGUGAAAUUCCGAAAGAGCUUUGUGAUCUUGAGAAGCUUGUGGAGCUUUACAUCAACACGAACAGGCUUGAAGGUUCAAUUCCUGCUGAAAUUAGGAACCUUAAGAACCUGGUUGUGUUGACUUGUUAUGAUAAUCAGUUAGGUGGAAGCAUUCCGAGUUCCAUUGGAGACCUGAAAAAGCUCCAGGUGAUAAGAGCUGGUGGAAACAAGAACAUUGAAGGGCCUUUGCCGGAAGAAAUUGGGAAUUGUACUAGUUUAGUGAUGUUGGGUGUUGCAGAAACGAGCUUAUCAGGUUUUCUACCUUCGAGAAUUGGUAAUCUGAAGAAGCUCCAGACACUUGCCAUUUACACUACCUUACUUUCCGGCCAAAUUCCGGCAGAGCUUGGUGAUUGCACCGAUCUCCAGAACAUUUACUUGUAUGAGAAUUCUCUUUCUGGUUCAGUCCCGAGCACAUUGGGCAAUCUGAAAAACCUCAAGAAUCUGUUGCUGUGGCAGAACAAUUUGGUUGGAAGUAUUCCACCCGAGCUUGGAAACUGUCUGCAACUUGUUCUGAUUGACAUUUCCAUGAAUUUGUUGACCGGAGUCAUUCCGGUGACAUUUGGGAACUUGACUUCGUUGCAGGAACUUCAGUUGAGUGUGAAUCAGAUCUCUGGUUCGAUACCGAGUCAGCUUGGGAAUUGCAAAAGUCUCACUCAUAUUGAACUCGACAACAAUCAGAUUACCGGCACUAUUCCUUCAGAAAUCGGAAACUUUGAAAACCUUACUCUGUUGUUCUUAUGGCAGAAUCAUCUCGAAGGUGCAAUACCUAGUUCCAUAUCGUCUUGUCAGAAUCUCGAAGCAAUUGAUUUCUCGCAGAAUUCAUUGACUGGUCCGAUUCCGAAAGGUUUGUUCAAUUUGCAGAAUCUGAACAAGUUGUUAUUGUUAGGAAACGAUUUGUCCGGCCAAAUACCUCCGGAGAUCGGGAACUGCUCGUCGUUGAUUCGGUUUCGUGCCAACAAUAAUCACCUGAUUGGAUCCAUUCCGCCGGAGAUUGGCAAGUUGAAGAAUUUGAAUUUCCUUGAUCUCGGAUCCAAUAGGCUGACCGGAGUUAUUCCAACGUCGAUAUCUGGUUGCCAGAACUUGACGUUUCUAGACUUGCAUUCCAAUUCAAUCUCCGGGAGCUUACCAGCGAGUAUAAACGACAUUGUAUCUCUCCAGUUCGUUGACGUCUCUGAAAAUCAAAUCGACGGCACGUUGAGUUCUAAUCUCGGAUCACUGACUUCACUCAACAAGCUUGUGCUCAGUAAGAACCGAUUGUCCGGACCAAUUCCAUCGGAAAUAGGUUCAUGCAUGAACCUUCAACUGCUUGAUCUGAGCAGCAACGAGUUUUCCGGCGAGAUUCCACCAACGUUAGGCAAACUUCCAGCGUUGGAGAUCGCUCUCAAUCUCAGCUGUAACAAAUUCUCCGGAAACAUACCGGCUGAGUUUUCCGCCUUAGAUAAACUAGGAGUUCUAGAUCUAUCUUACAACCAGUUUUCUGGUGAUCUUCAAAAUCUCGUCGACCUUGAAAAUCUCGUGGCUCUUAAUAUCUCUCACAACGAUUUCAAAGGUCACGUGCCGGACACUCCCUUCUUCUCCAAACUACCACUCAGUGUCUUAUCCAACAACCCUUCAUUGUGUUUCGCCGGCAACGAGUGCAGCGCCGACAAAGACGGCGCCUCCAGGCGCAGCAAGGGUGCAAGGGUGGCAAUGGUGGUGCUGAUAGGCAUCGCAUGUGUUCUCCUCCUAUCUGCGUUCUACAUCAUACUCGCCGGAAAAAUUCGUUCUCGAGAGCAUGGUAUGGGUGAUGCUGACGUGGAAAUGGGUCCACCAUGGGAGAUCACUUUAUACCAAAAACUUGACUUAUCAAUCGCCGACAUGGCAAAAUACCUAACACCUGACAAUGUGGUGGGCCGAGGUCGCACCGGCGUUGUGUAUCGAGCAAAUAUCCCGUCGGGGUUUCCCAUCGCUGUAAAACGAUUCCAGUUAUCGGAAAAUUACUCCGCCGCCGCGUUCUCCUCAGAAAUUGCUACUCUUGCCCGAAUCCGCCACCGGAAUAUUGUCCGUUUGUUGGGUUGGGCCGCGAACGGGAAAAACAAACUGUUGCUUUACGACUUUUUGCCUAAUGGAACUCUAGGCACCUUGUUACAUGAAGGCGGCGUCGAGGUUGUGGAGUGGGAAACGCGGUUCAAGAUAGCUUUGGGGGUGGCGGAAGGCUUAGCAUACUUGCACCACGACUGUGUGCCGCCUAUAAUCCACCGCGAUGUCAAGGUGGAGAACAUAUUGCUGGGUGAUCGGAAUGACGCUUGUCUGGCGGACUUCGGGCUAGCAAGAUUGGUGGAAGAAGACAAUGCCUCGUAUUCUGUGAAACCUCAAUUCGCUGGCUCCUACGGCUACAUGGCCCCAGAAUAUGCAAGCAUGUUGAAGAUUACUGAAAAGAGUGAUGUUUUUAGCUAUGGCGUUGUGUUAUUAGAGAUCAUAACCGGAAAAAAACCGGUUGACGAGUCGUUUUCGGAAGGUCAACAUGUUAUCCAAUGGGUUCGUGAUCACCUCAAAAGCAAGAAAGAUCCGGUAAACAUUAUAGACAAAAAACUACAUGGAAAUCCUGACUCUCAAAUACAGGAAAUGUUACAAGCCCUAGGAAUUGCGCUCUUGUGUACAAGCAACCGUUCUGAAGACCGACCAACAAUGAAAGAUGUAGUUGCAUUAUUGCGGGAAAUCAGACAUGAGCCAACAAUAACACAUAAAGAGACCAAUAAGCCACGACAAGAUUCAAGUGUUUCGAGCUUGUAUUCGUCAUCUUCGGUAACCCCGGCUCAGUUGUUGAUUCAGGGUUCAUCGAAUUGCUCCCUUGCUUACUCGUCUUAAUACCGAUUCUAUGAAAAUUGCAACAAUAAUUUUUAGGGUUAGAUGGUAUAUUAGCUAGCAUUGUAAAAAUGUUGAAAAGAAGUGUGCCUGUCUUUCUCUCCCCUCAAUCUUUUAAAUUAUUUAGAAAUUAAAUAUAUUAGAAGUCGGGAAAGGGAUUGGGGGCCAUUCCUCAAUUGAAUUCUUUGGUUAUUCUAAACAUGAAUACAAAUCCCCUUCUAUUAGAAUUUAA